AUGGGUGAUGAUUUUCGCAUGUUUUAUCUUGGUGUCUUGAAUGGGAAUAUUGGAAUCAUGGAGCGUAAAAGUGGUGAAGAAUUAAAUAUCAACGUGAUGAUUUUCAUGCAAAAGAUCCGUGAAGUCGAACAACAUUCGAUAAUUCAGAUAUGUUCUGGUCAAACUCUAGCGACCUUCUUUCUCGUCGGUAUAAACCACGAAAUGGUCUCGCUUUCAAAUAUUGACAUAUGA